GCGCUCCUGCUCUUAUCUAGGCUUGUCAUACAUUCGGCUUUUGCCAUUGUUUGGCUCCGGUGCACUGCAAGCUGACCCGUGCACGAUAACCAAACCGGUGGUGAGAGAUGGUCACUAGAGGAUGCGGCAAUCCGCGCCAUAGCGCCGGUGACCUUGUAUUUUCUCAGGCACUGUAACGGCAUCCUUUUGCCAUUGCUUGUCUAGCCACGGAAAUCUCCCGAGCUUCUGAAAUGCCACGGACAUUUACUUGGGAGGAAAUCCCACUGAAUAAAGAGGGCCUCACUUCCGAACAAACAUACAGAGGCUCGGGGCUGCACGUGGGAUUUAAUCGAAGGAGGAGACAAGAUCAGCCUCCAUUCUGUUGAAGCUGAGCAAAUGCCUUUUCCUCCUUUCGCAGGAGGCGAAAGAGAACCAUGCCCUCAAUUCCUUCCUUUCUCUCCCCCAUCCCCCGGGGGACUCGAUGGAAGAGCAGGAAGUGGCUCCGACCUGCGUGCGGGGAAUUCUCGGGGCGGGACAGAUCAGCCCUCCUCUCAGCUCAGUUCUUCCUGGCAAAGAGGAAGCAACUACCCGGCACUCAUAGCCUGUUCCGAGACACCCCAGUUGCUUCUUCUUUUGCCGCAUCGCAAGCUCAUGGCUGCAAGGAUCUCUUCACUGUUUUGUCCAACCCGAGUACCAGGUCUGCCAUCUCAGGACACUUUGAUCCCACAGUGAGCACCUCGGGAGCCCUGAGUCAGGCGCAUGUUGUGCAAGGGGUAGUCACAGCUCGUUCUAGAAACUGUGUCACAAUCCCAGAGCUAAGAAAACCCCAUGUGAGUCUGCGGAGUCUGGGUGCCGGUUGCAAGCAGCAAGCCCUUGGAGCUGCAAAGACACGCUUUGGAAGGGUGCUUUUGGGGCAGCACCUGCAGGAUAAGCCUCAUUUUCCUGCGUCUUUGCUCGUCGUGAAGCACCCAGAGCAACAUGGGCGCCAUGUUCCGCAGCGAAGAGAUUUGCCUGGCCCAACUCUUCUUGCAGUCAGCUUCAGCAUACUCUUGCGUCAGUGAAUUGGGCGAGCGGGGACUUGUGGAGUUCCGCGAUCUGAACCCCCAUGUCAAUGCCUUCCAGCGACGCUUUGUCGGGGAGGUGCGGCGGUGUGAAGACAUGGAGAAAACCUUCACUUUUUUGGCACAGGAAGUAUGGAAGGCCGGACUGACAUUGUCUCCCCCUGAGGACAAUCUGUCGGCUCCACUGUCUCGAGAUGCCCUGCAGAUCCAGGAGCAGUCAGCAACGCUGGCACAGGAGCUGAGGGAGGUGAGCCACAACCGUGAGAAGCUGGUUGGUCAGCUCCAGGGGCUGCAGGAGCACAUUCAGGUGUUGCAGGAGGGACAGCACUUCACUGGUCAACUGCAGGUGCCAUUAGCAUCACCAGCCCACCCACAAACCUUCUCUGACAGAGAACCUCUGCUUGACCCAUCCGUGGCACAGCGGCUUGACCUCAAAAUAAACUUUGUUGCAGGCGUGAUCCACCCAUGGCGGGUGAAUUCCUUUGAACGGCUGCUGUGGCGCGCGUGCCGUGGCUACCUUGUUGCCAACUUCAUUGAGAUGCCUGAGCCCAUGGAAAACCCAGCCACGGGUGAGAGCGUCACUUGGGUCAUCUUCCUCAUCUCCUUCUGGGGUGAACAGAUCGGGCAGAAGAUCCGCAAGAUCGCCGACUGCUUUCACUGCCACCUGUAUACCUACGCCGAUGAUGAGGCCGAGCGCCUGGAGACACUGUGUAGGCUGCGUACCCAGAUUGAAGAUCUGACCACAGUUUUGGGCCAGACGGAGCAAUAUCUGGACCAGGUGCUGCAAAAGGUGCUCUUGGAACUGCCUGCUUGGCAAAUGCGGAUACAAAAGAUGAAGGCCAUCUACUUCAUCCUCAACCAGUGCAGCUACAACAUCACUGACAAGUGCCUCAUUGGGGAAGUCUGGUGCCCUGUCCGUGAUCUUCCUGCGGUGCAGCAGGCCCUGCGGGAGGGAUCGCACCGCAGUGGUUCUGGGGUGGAGUGCUUUGUCCAUCGGAUCCCCUGCACUGAGAGCCCCCCCACCCUCAUUCGUACCAACAAGUUCACUGCUGGCUUCCAGAAUAUUGUUGAUGCCUACGGGGUCGCCAGCUAUCAGGAGGUGAACCCAGCUCCCUACACCGUCAUCACCUUUCCUUUCCUAUUUGCUGUCAUGUUUGGGGAUGUUGGUCAUGGGCUGCUGAUGUUCCUCUUUGCCCUUUGGAUGGUGCUAGCUGAGAACCACCCCGGCAUGAAGAAGGUGCAGAAUGAGAUGUGGCAGACGUUCUUUGAGGGCCGCUAUCUCAUCCUCCUGAUGGGUGCUUUCUCUAUCUACACUGGCUUCAUCUACAAUGAAUGCUUCAGCAAGGCCAUCACCAUCUUCCCAUCUGCCUGGAGCAUCGCAGCCAUGGCAAACCACUCGGAAUGGAGCAAGGAGUAUUUAGAUGAACAUCCUGUUCUUAUUCUGGUCCCCAAUGUCACAGGAGUUUUCAGUGGCCCCUACCCUUUCGGGAUAGAUCCGAUCUGGAGCCUGGCUAUCAACCAUCUCAGCUUCUUGAAUUCCUUCAAGAUGAAGAUGUCUGUGAUCUUGGGCGUUGUGCACAUGAGCUUUGGGGUCUGUCUUGGCAUCUUCAACCACAUCCACUUCAAGCAGACAUACAAGAUUUUCCUGGUUUUCCUUCCGGAAAUCAUCUUCCUGCUGGCACUGUUUGGCUACCUUGUAAUCCUGAUCUUUUACAAAUGGGUGAUGUAUGAUGCCGCUAGUUCCCGGUGGGCACCCAGCAUCCUCAUCCACUUCAUUGGCAUGUUCCUGUUUGCAGACAAUCGUGAUAACCGUCUGCUCUUUAAACACCAGGAAGCGGUGCAGACGGCGUUAGUGGUGGUGGCCCUUGCUUGCGUGCCUGUCCUGCUGCUGGGAACUCCCUUGUACCUCUGGUGCCAGCAUUCACGGCGGGCCUCUCGGUCCAGGUGCAAUUACUCCAGUGCAGAAGAGCACCAGCCUCUGCUAGACUCGCAGGAGCCGAACAGAUCUGUGAACAUUGUUGAAGAUGAUGUAGAUCAUGCAAACUCCAAACAGGAGCUGGAGUUUGACUUCUCUGAAGUGUUUAUGCAUCAGGCAAUCCACACCAUUGAGUACUGCCUGGGCUGUAUCUCAAACACGGCCUCCUACCUACGUCUCUGGGCUCUCAGCUUGGCCCACGCACAGCUCUCAGAGGUCCUAUGGACCAUGGUGAUGAGGAACGGCUUCCACACGAUGGGCUACAAAGGGUGGAAUUCCAGAACAAAUUCUAUACGGGUGCUGGGUACCGGUUCACCCCGUUUACCUUCACCACUGACAUCUGGGACUAAGAGAAAGAGGACUCCUUUCUUCCUAGAAAACAGAUGCACUGUGUGCCCUCAUGAGCCAAUGAGAAAGUUAAUUGGCUUAUGCUGCAUGUUCUUACAUGAGCGACUGUCUCUUGCUUCCCUCUUUCCACCAGUUGUGCCUCCUGCCAAACUAGAAGGUGUGGCAGAGCUUCUUUACGCACACACACUUUUCUUUGGGAAGGAACUACCUACUCUGUCUCCAUCUGUCUGUUACAAUUAAACAGAGAUCCUCCAGUGCCUCGCCAGUGGAAUAUCAGUAUUGAGAAUAUCAGUAUUAUCAAGCUGUGUUCCUUCCAGCUCCUGAUCCUUAUGACUUGCACCUGACCCAGCCUGCCUUGUGCACAUCUCUGUAGCCAUUAAAAGAUGCUUCUAGGCAGGAAUGGCAAGUGUCCUUCAGGAACACCAGAAUAUGGAUAGCACUCGCUAUCUAUGUGUUUUUACAGGGCUCCCAAAUAGCGCUGUCUGUCUAUCGCUUAGUCCCUGUUUGCUGGAGGGACUAAGUAAGAGACGAGUGACCUUGCUUACUCAUGUCAGCAGAGACCCAGGCCAGGCACGUGGGCGUUUUGCAUUUUGUAAAUAUACACUAGAUUGCAGUGGGUGUUGUCAUCCAGGUUUGAGACUCUUAGAGAUCUUGUUUUCCUGGUUGGGAGCCUGAACUUGACACUGCAUCAGCCAGUGCAUGAUGUGGAACUGCCCUCAGCACAAGCCUGUUUUGAAGGGUCUGUCUACCUGUGCUAGCAAAGUGACUGAUGUGCAGGCAGCUGAUAUAGGCAAAGGAGUUGAUGCAGCAAUGCCUGUCCUCCUUUCAUGCUCUGUUUUGCUAUCUAGCAAAAGUCACCAAGGUUCCAGGAUUUGGGGGCGGCAUGAUAACCACAACAAUCCUAUGCUGGUCAAACAUGCAGGCUUAUGUUGCCAAGGGCAAAAGAAGAGCUCCUGCCUUGAAUUGCAGAACAGACUUCCUUCAUACUGAAGGCAAGGAGAGUCAUCGCAGUACUCUGGACUCAUCCUGCCAAGUCCUCCAUUUAAGAAAAGGACAAUGCUUAUAAGCAGGCUGCUGAGAACUCUGUGCUUUAAAAACCUUUAAACUCUUUGUUGCCAUAGCCGCUAAAUUCCGCAAUAAAGAUAAAACUCUCUUAAAA